AUGAAAGAGGAGGGUCUUAAUGAGGGUGUGCGUUUUGCAUUUUUUGGUUUUGAUUUUGCACAGAAGUGGGGUGUGAGAGAAGCAGAUUGCAGUGAAGAUGACAGUGACAGCAAUAAAUGUGGAGAGAGUGUGGAAAAGAAAAAAAUGGAAUGCAUUGAUGGCGGAUUCUCUUCCAGAAAAGUCAGUGCAGGAUUAAAAACCAACAGAGACAGUUAA